AUGGCAACAGCUUCAGUUGGUUUUAUGUCUAGGAAAGAUCGUAGGAAGCAAUUCGAAUUAGAGGAAGCUCGUAAAGCUGGUCUUGCUCCAGCCGAGGUAGACAAGAAUGGAAAAGAGAUCAAUCCUCACAUACCUCAGUGUUUGUUAACUCCAUGGUAUGCCAAGUCUCAAGAACAACCUAGUUUGAAGCAGCAUCAAGAGAAUAGGAAAACUCAAGAACCCGUUUCCAUAGAAGCAUGUGAUCAUGAAAGUGGCGCAAAGACUUAUCAUCAUCAUCAAGCCGAGAAGUAUCGUAAAGGAGCGUGUCAAAACUGUGGUGCAAUGACACAUGAUGUUAAAACAUGUAUAGAAAGACCUCGUAAGGUUGGAGCAAAACACACGAACAAGAACAUUGCACCUGAUGAGAGAAUCAAGAGUGUUGAGUUGGACUAUGAUGGUAAGAGAGACCGAUGGAAUGGUUAUGAUACUUCAAACUACCGUUCUGUGAUGGAUAGGUUUGAUGCAAAAGAGGAUGCACGUAAGAAGUAUCUCAAGGAGCAGCACCUUAAGAAACUAGAGGAGAAGAAGAAUAGUGAUGGAGAUGAAGAAGAAGACAACGACUUAAGAGUUGAUGAGAGCAAGCAGAGGGAUUUUGGAAGAGUUACAAAACGUGUUCGAACAACUGAUGGUGGUAGCACAGGAACUGUAAGGAACCUGCGUAUAAGAGAAGACACUGCAAAGUACUUGCAGAACCUUGAUGUCCACUCAGCUUAUUACGACCCUAAGUCUCGAUCCAUGCGUGAAGAUCCUCUCCCACAUGAAGAUCCGAAUGAGAGUUUUUGUAUGGGAGAUAAUCAAUAUAGAAACAGUGGCCAAGCUCUGGAGUUUAAACAGCUAUACACCUAUUCAUAUGAAGCCUUUGAAAAGGGACUACAUGACAUACAUAUGCAAGCUGCUCCAUCACAAACUGAGUUGAUUUAUAAGAGGUGUAAGGUUGGUAAAGAGAACCAGAGAUCUCAGAUGAAGGAGUCAAUCAUGGCAAAGUAUGGUAAUGCAGCUGCAAAAGAUGACAUCCCGAGGGAGCUUUUGCUUGGAUAAAGUGAAAGAAAGGUUGAGUAUGACUGAGCAGGCUGGAGGAUUAUAUAG